AGAAAAGUACAACUGAAACUUUCUAAUAAACAGGUUUUCUUUUUUAAUCAUUCAAAUUUAAUUUUGCCAAUAGCCGACAAAACUUCAAUAUAAGAAUUUUAUUUCGGUAAUUUACAAACAAACCGUUUUACAUUAGUCCCAGAAAUAUAUACUUAAAAAUAAUAGGUAAAACUUCUUUAAAGCAACAUCAUAACAAUUAUCGACAAGUGUACUGAACUGUUAUCGGUUUUGGCAAAAUUUAUUUUCAGUAAUUAAAAAUUCAAAAUCAUCUUAGUUAGCUUUGUAAAUUAAGUUAAUUUAAUGUCAAGUAAUUAAAAUUAAAACUGCAAAAAGAAACAAUCCAAAAUGAAUAGAUCUUCAACACCAGUAUCGAUCUUUGGAACGAAUAAAGUCAAUCUAAAAAACUUUAACAGAAGCAGUGACAUGAAAAAAAUUUUUAUAAAAAAAUUUCGAGGUAAUCCUGUGCUUCCUCCAAAUUAUUAUGAAAAUACAUGGAAUAAAUUACGUGAUGCCAUAAUAUCAAUUCAGAACUCCAGUAUCUUAAAAUAUUCUUUAGAAGAGCUUUAUGGAGACGUGGAGAGCAUGUGUAUUCACAAUAUGUCCCACUUCCUUUAUGACAAUCUCUACUAUCUCGUGGAAAAUCACGUAGGUCAGAGCGUUUCAUCUUUUCUUAACGACUCGUUAAAUGAUCCUCAAGAAUUUUUAACAGUUAUAAAUAAUACUUGGGUAAUCCAUUGCAAACAAAUGUCAACCAUACGUAAUAUUUUUAUCCAUUUGGAUCGCACCUAUGUACUUCAUAACGUUCAGACAGCUUCGAUUUGGGACAUGGGUUUGGAUCUUUUUCGUCAAUACAUAAUUAGAAACUGCUUGGUUAAAACGAAGAUAACUGAUGCUCUUUUGUUAUUGAUCAAACAAGAAAGAGACGCCAACACAAUUGAUCGUGAUCUAAUUAGAUCAAUAAUACGCAUGCUAACCAUUCUCCAAAUUUAUAAACCUGUGUUUGAAGAAAAAUUUUAUACUGAAAGCGAAAAUAUGUAUGCUGCGGAGGCAAAUUAUUGCAUUAAAAAUUUCGAUCUGCCUGAAUACCUCUCUCACGUAAGAAAGAGAUUCAAAGAAGAAUAUAACAGAGGUAAUCAAUAUUUAGAUUCAGGGACUAUGCCCCGACUGAUCACCAUUAUUGAGAAAAACUUUAUAGCCGAUCAAAUUCAAAAGACUUUAGACAAAGGAUUGAACAAAUUACUAGAUUCAAGAGACCACUAUAAUUUAUCACUGUUAUAUCUUCUUCUUGGGCGAGUAAAAAGCGGACAUGCAGAACUUUGUGCAGGCUUCAACAGCUACAUGAAGCAAUAUGGACGAAACGUUGUAAGUCAUCCCGAGAACGACAAAAACAUGGUAAAAAUGCUCCUGGACUUUAAAGAUGCAAUGGAUGAUGUAGUUGCUAAAUGUUUUGAAAAGAACGAAAAGUUCACAAAUUCUCUGAAGGAAGCAUUUGAAUAUUUUAUUAAUUUGAGGAUUAAUGCGCCUGCUGAGCUUGUUGCAAAAUUCAUCGACUCGAAAUUGCGGAUUGGAAAUAAAGAAUCCACUGACGAGGAACUUGAAAUUCUUCUCGAUAAGAUUAUGGUCCUCUUUCGUUUCAUUCAUGGCAAAGAUGUGUUUGAAGCAUUUUACAAAAAAGAUCUUGCAAAACGUCUUCUGUUUGGAAAAUCUGCGAGCGUGGAUUACGAAAAGAGCAUGCUAAGCAAACUUAAAGAAGAAUGCGGUGGUGGAUUUACAUCAAAACUGGAAGGAAUGUUUAAAGACAUGGAAUUAAGUAAAGAUAUCAAUGGAGCAUUCAAACAACAUCUUUCACAUAGUUUGAACAACACCCAAGACACAGAAUUUACCCCUCUCGAUAUGACCGUUAACACUUUAACAAUGGGAUAUUGGCCUACAUAUCCCAUUAUGAAUGUAGUUUUACCUGAAGAAAUGUUACGUUACCAGGAGAUUUUCAAUAAUUUUUAUCUAAGCAAACACAGUGGUAGAAAGCUUGCGUGGCAGCCAACAUUAGGAUAUUGUGUAGUAAGGGCACAAUUCAAAGUAGGAAUAAAGGAACUGUUAGUAUCUUUGUUACAAACUCUCGUGCUACUUCUAUUUAAUGGAAAAAACGAAUUGUCCUACGAAUAUAUCAAAGGAGCAAGUAACAUUGAAGAUUUAGAACUUAAAAGAACUCUACAAUCACUGGCAUGUGGUAAAACGCGAGUUUUGUUAAAAAGGCCAAAAGGAAGAGACGUAGAAGAUACUGACUACUUCAUGUAUAAUGCCGAUUUUAAAAACAAGCUGUUCAGGGUGACAGUUAAUCAGAUUCAAAUGAAAGAAACGACAGAAGAGCAAAAAGCAACAGAAGAAAGGGUUUUCCAAGAUCGUCAAUAUCAAAUUGACGCGGCGAUUGUAAGGAUAAUGAAAACGCACAAAGCACUAAGUCAUAAUACUCUGGUUAGUGAAUUGUGUUUGCAGUUAAAAUUUCCAGUUACACUUGCUGACUUAAAGAAAAGAAUUGAAUCACUGAUAGAAAGAGACUAUAUGGAACGUGAUAAGGAGAUACAAAAUCAAUACAAUUAUCUUUGAAAUAUUUAUGCCUAUUUGUUUGUUUUUAUUGAUUUUAAAGUUGCUUAUUUAUAAUGAAAAACAUUAAAUA